GCAGUUGUGUCAGGUUUUAUAUCCACCAGGAGAGGAUCCAGAGUGGCACAGUAAGAUCUCGGUCGAUUAGUUUGCUCCUGACAGCGGUGGAUCGUUGAACCAGCAUCAUGGCACUUCUCAGAGGUGUAUUUGUUGUAGGUGCCAAGCGCACUCCAUUCGGUACCUAUGGUGGCGUGUUGAAGGAUCACAGUGCAACAGAUUUGGCUGAGCAUGCGGCCAAAGCUGCCCUCGCUGCAGGAGGCGUGGCACCAGAGCUUGUGAACAGCGUCAUCAUGGGAAAUGUCAUGCAGAGCUCAGCCGAUGCACCCUACAUUGCUCGUCAUGUGGGUCUGAGGUGUGGCGUUCCCAUCCCAGUGCCUGCACUCACCGUCAACAGACUGUGUGGAUCUGGUUUCCAGUCCAUCAUCAAUGGUGCUCAAGAGAUUUGUCUCAAGGAGUCGGAGGUGGUCCUGUGCGGAGGUUCAGAGAGUAUGAGCCAGGCCCCGUACGCUGUUCGCAACGUACGCUUCGGUACAAAGUUUGGAUUCGAUCUCAAGCUGGAGGACACGCUGUGGGCCGGUCUGACUGACCUGCAUGUCAAAAUCCCGAUGGGCAUCACAGCAGAAAACCUGGCCGAGAAAUACCAGAUCACACGAGAAGACUGUGACAACUACGCACACCAGACGCAGCAAAGGUGGAAGGCAGCUCACGAGGGCGGUCACUAUACGGCAGAAAUCGCUCCCAUUGAUGUGAAAGCUAAGAAAGGCAAAGUGUCCAUGGCUCAGGAUGAACACCCUCGGCCUCAGACCACACUGGAACAGAUGGCCAAACUGCCUCCUGUCUUCAAGAAGGGAGGAACCGUUACUGCCGCUAAUGCCUCAGGUGUAUCUGACGGUGCUGCUGCCGUCGUGAUCGCGAGCGAGGAUGCGGUGAAGGAACACAAGCUCACUCCGCUGGCCAGAAUCGUGGCCUAUCAUGUAUCCGGCUGUGACCCGAGCAUUAUGGGAAUCGGUCCUGUUCCAGCAAUCACAGAAGCUCUCAAGAAGGCCGGUCUGACUAUCAGCGACAUGGAUCUGGUGGAGGUGAACGAGGCCUUUGCUCCUCAGUACCUGUCUGUUGCCAAGGCGCUUGGACUCAACCCAGAGAAGAGCAACGUAAACGGGGGAGCUAUCGCCAUCGGACAUCCUCUCGGUGCUUCAGGAGCACGCAUCACUGCUCACCUGGUGCAUGAGCUCAGGCGACGAGGAGGCAAAUACGCCGUUGGAUCUGCCUGCAUCGGCGGUGGUCAGGGCAUCGCCAUCAUCCUCGAAUCCUGCUGAUUUAAGAAGCCGCCAGUAUCAGACGAGUUCCUGCAGAAGAACGUCCUGCACACACACCGUCCACUCACAGAAAACAGCUGAUUCUCUCUAAAACAGUGAUUUAUAAAAAUACAAACGGACUUAGAACAAAUGCUCUUUUAACACGAGGCGCUGCUGCUCAGGUGUUCCCCUGGCACCAAACUAAACUCACCUGUUUUCUGCUUUUUGCUACGACUUUCACUUAAUUUAAACAAAAAUUUACAAUAAACGUUUCCGCUCAGUGUUGCCUUGGGAGCCCUGUGAAGACACAAAGCUAGCUGGCCUACACUUCUGUGCUCAUUUCAUAAAGGUGCAAGAGUCUGUUUGUUAAUGUGCCUAAUCCAGUGCUUGGUUCUUUGGUCAUGUUAACAUGUGUAGUGUAUAAUUAAAUGCAGUGGACUUUGGUUUGGAGUAAGGUUUGUUAGAACUGUGAUGUUCGCCUUAUAAUGCUCUGUCACUCCAUCAUCACAAUUUCGUGUGGCCAGAUAAUAUGGUGCGGUGACUCCAGUAACAAUCAGUUUUGUACUUUUGAAGAACCUCAAAUAAAAUCUUCAAGAAGAGAAG